AUGGCAAGGACAAAGCAAACUUCCAAGAGGAAUGUUGGUGACAAGCCUGGCAGAGUCUCUCUGGUCAAUUUACAAGCCAAGGAGCAACAAGCUGCCCAGGCUGCCACUGCCAAUGCCAUCAGGGCUCCACUUCAAGUCAAGAAGAGGAGGAUAAGGAAAUCUUUCUGUCUCAUGUGUAGGGAUGGGGGCACUUUAUGGGAGUGUGAUGUCAUGGGCUGCUGGAGGGUGGUCUGCAACAAGUGUCUGGUGGUUCCAGAAGAUUCCCUUCAACAGAUCACCCAGCCUGGUGUCUCCUUUAGGUAUGUUCACCCACCACCCUAUUUCAUCACCUCAAGUCCUUUUGUUUCUCCUCAGGGCUUCUAUCUGGGUGACAAGCAUGCCCUCAGCAAGCCCCCUGCUGUCAUGGGCACAUUCCAGCAUGCUACCACCUCUGAAGUGGCUACCCUUUCCACAGCCAUCAACCACCUUCACCUGGAUGGCUUGACCCUGGACCCUGACCCAGUCCAUAUCAUCCAAUCCAUGAUACAAGGGUAUUUCAAACCAGAGGGCACUUACAGUUUUGCACAGUUGCCUUAUGACUUGGGAACUCAGGAAUCUAGGGCUGCCUAUGAAACUGCAGCUGAAGUGCUCUCUUCCUUCCUGGCCCCUUAUGCAAGGGUGGUUCUCUUCUUCACUACCCACAGUGAAGAACAAAGUGGGGAUCUCUUUGCUGGAAGUAGGGAUGGGCAGGUAUUUGUAUCAAAGGUCUUUGAGGUUUUAGAGGCUCUCCUCACACCCCUCUCCAAGGUUGUUGAGGGAGGUGACCUCAUCUUCCUGGUGUGUGGAUAUCUGGUCAAGCAUCAGGAGAGUUUCCAAGACCUCAACUUCAAGCCAAGGUCAAUGCUCCUCUUUGAUGCAGACAGGUUACUCCCUGUCAACACCAUUCCUUUCCUCAUGAGUGUUUUGGACCUUACCAUCAUCCAAGGCUUUCAACAGAUGGAUAAGACAGUCAAGGCUGCCCUCAAGGACUUUGGGGUGCUGGGUAAACACUCAAACAUCAUCCUCAUGUUUUGGGGGUCUCAAGGAGGGAGGGUAUUGGUGGAAAGGUACAUUUGGACUGACAAGUUCAUCAAACCUUGGGGUCAGAACUUGCCUGCUCAAUGCCCUCAGUGUGGGAGCAUACAAGAAUGGCUGGCUGCUAGUGCUGAUUCAACUUAUUCCUAUCAGAGCCAGUAUCCUGAUUGUGGGAAGGACUUGGAGAGGACUGCAUUGCCACCCAAAACUUAUACCAUUUCUAUGCCUCAAGGAGCCAAAAAAUUACCAGAUGGAAAAAAGUCAUCUGCAUGGUUGGUAGAAAAUUUGUAA